UGAUUUCCUCCCUUCUGUAAUAAGCAGCCAAUGAGUUCUCACGGAAGGUGAUAAUUCUGACUAAAACUACAGAAUAAAGCCGCCAGUUAAAAUCAAGGAACGGUUGAGCUCGUGGUUACUGAAGGGAGCUACAGUGAGAACUCAAUGCUCUUCACGAGCAAGAGAGAAAGAAGAAUCACAUCCAGCUGUAAAACGUCUACAAGAUUCCCAAAUCCUGGUAGACCCUGUCAUCUGCCAGAUAAGAGUUUUGCACCUACCUGCAAACUAAGAAGAAAAUCUCCACAUAAGGAAGCAUCGUGAGGCAACAUAAGGUCAAGACUAACAGGAAAGUCAGACACGCAAGUACAAGUCAAGGUGUUUGAAGGUGGUCCUAGCCUUGUGAACAGCUAAUAAGAGACUUUAAGAUUACAAUUCGUAAGGACUGGAGAUAGUUGUCUAUUUCAUAAAUACUCUGGUAUUAUGCAUUUGCUCUUUCUAUCUUAAUGUAUCACUGGUAUGUGUAUUACUGAAAAAUAUUAUUUGAUACUUACUAAAAAUAUAUAUAUAGUCACAAACAUUAAGGGUCAGCGUACACCUAUUAAUUAUAUAUUCACAUGUAAGUUAAUAGUGUAAUUGUUUGGUAAGGUGUUUGUUCAAGCCUUUGUUACAAGCAUUAUACAUGUUUAUACCACGUACUGAGUUUUAAAUUACAGUGAAUUAGAGUAUAAAUUACCUACUCACUUAUCCAAACCUUAGCUAGAAUUGAUUUGACUUGAUUUAGAAUGUCAGAAAGAGGUAGUUUCACUAAAGGUGAUAGAGAUGGGGUGGGUCAAGUUGAGCAGCUGCAGCAACACCUCGCAAACUUUGAGCCUUCAUCAGAACAAACAGAACAGCAGGAAGAGGCCCAGACUGGUGUGGAGUCACUUCGGCCAGUGAAUGAUGAUACAGAGGCUGCUAAUGAGAUAGCACAACAAGAGCCACGAAAAGGUGAGAGGGUCCGCAGGUUAACUGAAAAGGGCAGAGAACUGCGCGACGAAAGGUGGAGACAGCUCGAACAUCGUUUCAGGGUCAGCUAUGAGAAGUGGAAGGCUCUGGUAAAGGAAGCAAAACUGUCACUGACAGGCUGUUGCUCUGAAGACCUACUAGAAGACCUCUUAAACAAGAUUAGCCAUACCUCUACAGAGCUAAACCUUGUCUACGUAAAUUUGCGUCAAAUCGACAUUCCCGACAACGAUAUACGACGCAGAGUUGAUACUUGUGAAGCAGUUACAAUGUCUAUUAUCAAGACUGUAAGGUGUCAUUUAAAAGGCAGGGAAGAAGGUCAAAGUAACCAGAUAGAGUUGCACUGGAAGGACAGCAAUUCCUUGUGCAUGUCUGAACUCUCACAUAAGUCAAGUCUCAACUAUCAGCCCUCAAGUGCUUCCUCCCAGUCUCAAAGCAACUCAAAGGUCAACUCCAGACGCUCAAGCGUGUCAUCUGUCAAGAGACAAGAGGCUGCGGCGGAAGUUGCUGCUAAUCAAGCAGCUUUAGAAGUAAUGGUUAAGCAAGAACGCCAACUAGAAGAGCUUCAGCGACUCGAAGAUGAAGAUAAGAAGAGGACAGCGGAGCAAGAAGCUGAGGCUGUGAAACGCAGCUUAGAAGAAGCUAGGCUGCGAGUCAAGUUAGAGGUAGAAAAUGCUGCCAGACGAAGGACACUAGAAGACAAGCGUAGAGAGUUAGAGCGCCUAGAAGUGCUCAAGAAACUAAAUGCUGCCAAGGCGCGAAUGCAAGUGUAUGAGCAAGAUGAAAACUCAGAGGACGAAAAGAGAGAACUACUCUCUAACUGCAAAUCUGUGAAAGAAGUCACGCACAGAAGUGGCUCAUUUCACAGUCUCUCACCACAACAUGUUGUGACAAGCACACAGCAAGAAGAUGGCACCAAGACCAUGUUCAGGUUACUAGCGGAAUCAAUCAGUGAAAGCCGCCUCCCCAUACCAGAACCAGUAACAUUCAAUGGAGAGCCUCUCUCGUACACUGACUGGAAGGUCUCUUUUCAGACUCUGAUAGACAGGAAGAACAUACCAACAACUGAGAAGAUAUAUUACUUAAGAAAAUAUGUCGGUGGGCCUGCCAAGAAAGCCAUCGAAAGUUACUUUAUGUUAGGAACAGAAUCAGCCUACCAUGCUGCUUGGACCAUUCUUGAAGAAAGGUACGGAAACAAAUUCUUCAUCGCCAAGUCUUUCAGAGAUAAGCUCAAUGCAUGGCCUACGAUAGGAUCCAAGGACAGUCUUGAACUUAGAGACCUUGUAGACUUUCUUCGCAGCUGUGAAGCUGCUAUGUCUCAGAAUAAGGGCCUGGAGGUGCUUAAUGACUGUAAUGAAAACCAAAAGAUCCUCGCUAAACUUCCAGAUUGGCUAACUUCAAGAUGGAAUAGAAAGGUCACAGCCAUCUUAGAAGAAACGGAGAUCUUUCCUAGCUUCAGUCAGUUUGUGAAGUUUCUCACGAGAGAAGCCAAGAUUGCUUGCAAUCCUACGCUUGAAUCUGACUUCAACGAGAGAGCUGCAGAAGAGGACCUCAUAUCUCAAGAGGAUAUCCGGUUCCUGAAGAAAAUGAAAGAGGGCAUCAGACGCAAGGACAAUGGACAUUAUGAGAUGCCGCUGCCGUUUAAGGAAGAAAGACCCAAUCUGCCGAACAAUAAAACAUGUGCAGUUCACCGACUCAAGUGCCUGGAAAGGAGGCUAAGGAGAGACAAGCAGUACUACAAGGACUACACAGCAUUCAUGGAAGAGACUAUAGCUUGUGGAGAUGCUGAGAAGGUCUCUAAAGAGGAAAUUAACAAGCAUCCAGCAUGGUACAUCCCGCACCAUGGAGUUUAUCACCCACAAAAGCCUGGGAAGAUACGAGUCGUCUUUGACUGCUCAGCUAAGUUUCGAGAGUCGUCCUUGAAUGAUCAUCUUACCGGUUCAGAGGUGACAAACACAUUGCUGGGCGUCCUUUGUCGUUUUCGUAAGGGUCCAGUUGCAAUCAUGUGUGACGUAGAGUGCAUGUUCCACCAGUUUCAUGUGAAAGCAGAAGACCAAGAUUAUCUACGGUUCCUUUGGUGGGAGAACGGAGAUCUAGAGUCUCAACCCUCAGCGUAUCGUAUGAUGGUCCACUUGUUCGGCGCAGCUUCAUCUCCUGGUUGCGCCAACUAUGGUCUCAAACAUCUUGCUGCCGAAGGACAAGGAAGCUUCAGCGAGAAGUCUAUCCAGUUCAUAGAAAGGAACUUUUAUGUUGAUGAUGGGUUGACGAGCGUAUCGUCUGAAGCUGAAGCGGCCCAGCUGGGGAAAGAAGCAAGAGAGCUUUGCAGCAUCGGCAAACUUCGGUUGCACAAGUUUAUCUCUAACAGCAAGGAAGUUAUAGCCACAAUUCCCAAGGAAGAACGUGCCAAGGGUGCCAAAGACCUGGAUAUGGCUCUGGGUGAACCACACAUGGAGAGAGCGCUUGGUGUACUGUGGUGUGUCGCAUGA